AUGGGCAUAAUUGAGCCCGGAACAGUCGUCACAGGCUCCCAUAGGCAAGGAUUACCAAAGCAAGUACAGCCUGGAAAUCGCGAAUGGAUUCCUGUGAUCGAGGGGAUCAACGCGGAAGGUCAAUCGAUCCCGCCGUUUAUCAUUGGUGCAGGUAAAGAUUACCUUGCCACCUGUCGCUAUCGACUCUUGAUCCUUGAUGGUCAUGAAAGUCACCAUUCCGUCGAAUUCGAGGGAUACUGCAAGGAGAACAAGAUUAUCACGCUCUGUAUGCCUGCUCAUGCCUCUCGUCUACUUCAGCCUCUUGAUGUAGGGUGCUUUGGAUCGCUGAAAAAGGCCUAUAGUCGAGAAAUAGAGCAUCUGAUCAGAUGUUUUAUAACCCAUAUCACCAAGACCGAGUUCCUUCCUGCCUCUCAUACCGCCCACCAGGCUGCGAUUACAGAAAGCAAUAUCAAAGGAGGCUUUAGAGGAGCUAGGCUUGCUCCCUUUGACCCAGAACAUGUCAUCUCAAAGCUUGAUGUACAGCUACGGACUCCAACGCCUCCCGUCGAGACUUCAAGGACCCCAAAGACAGUAGUAGAAGCCCAAUCGCAUUCUAAAUAUCUGCAAGGAAGGAUCAGAACACAUAAAAGCAGCUCCCCUGAGUCAAUAAUUCAAGCCGUCAAGUAYUUUGAGAAGUCAACAAYUAAUCUUAUGGAUCAGAUGGCCUUACUAUAUAAGAGGAAUCAGCAACUUGAACAGCAGAAUAAGACAGUAGGGCGGCGCCAGGGGGGAAGAAGGACUACGGUACGGAAGGAAGGUGCUUUAACUAUAACGGAACCAUCACAAGUACUCGAUCAAAUAGAUAUUGAUGCGCAGGUGACAGCUGAAUCCUCAAGAGGUAUUCAAGGAAGGUCCCGAGUAUCAAAGCCUCGGCAAUGUAGUAUUUGCGGAAAUACUGGGCAUACUACAAGGACCUAUCAAGAGUCAAUUGAGGUCAAUAGGGAAUAG